GGGUGUAGGCCCGACCUCCUCGCCAUGAGUAGCAGGCGCAGAGCCAAUGGGGCGCUUCGGCCCUUCCCCUUCCCCCCAGGCGGAGCCGCGCUGGUUCUGGAAGGUUCCGGGAAACCGGGGCCGGGAUGUCUGGGGUGCUGAGCGCCACGCUGAGCGGCCUCAACAGCGACUCCUACUGCGAGAUCAGCCAGUACCGGGACCAGCACUUCCGGGGUAGCCGGUACCUACAGGAGAAGGCCCUGAAGUUCUCAUCCACACUGUAUGUGGGCAACCUGUCCUUUUACACCACUGAGGAGCAGAUCCAGGAGCUCUUCUCCAAAUGCGGAGAUGUCAAGAGGAUUGUCAUGGGGCUAGACAAGGUCAAGAAAACCCCUUGUGGCUUCUGCUUUGUGGAAUAUUACACAAGAGCAGAUGCUGAGCAUGCAAUGCGGUUUAUCAAUGGCACCCGGCUGGAUGACCGGAUCAUCAGGACUGACUGGGAUGCAGGGUUUAAGGAGGGACGACAAUUUGGGAGAGGAAAGACUGGAGGACAGGUGCGAGAUGAGUAUCGGACAGACUAUGAUGUGGGAAGAGGUGGCUUUGGCAAAAUCAUUCAGAUGCAGAAAACCAACCACCAGACUAUAAUCUACUAAUUGCCUAAUCUGUCCUAGCACAUAGAGGGGCUGUGUCCCUCCGCAGCUAGUCCUGUCCUGGCCCUUUGGAUGGGGAUGUGGAGUGGAAGCCAAGUUUCAGCAAAAGGCAAUCCCCCUUAGACUGGCUGUUUAACAUUUGUUCAUUCCUUAUAUCUUCUGGGCUGGAAUGGCUGUUCUGUCCUGAUACAGGGCAGCAGGAAAAUAGAGCAGCCAACUCUGCAGGAUUUCUCACUAAGAGUAAGUGCAGCAUGUCACGCUCAGACUUCUGCCUCCAGUUGUCAUUACAGCUGAAGUUGCUCUAGAGCACAGAUUUCUGAGAAAUACAACAGCCGUCAAAGCCUCCUGGCUGCUUGUGCAGCUUUGCGGUAGGGGCAGGAGUUUAAAAUAUAUCAUUUACAAUCUUGUCUGCUGCUCUAAAGCAUUGUUGCUGGUAUAAAUUUGAGAAGCAAAGCAAGAUCUUACUGGUCACUUGCAAGUGCUUCUCUGCACUCCUGGCCCUUAGCUCAGUCAGUCCUGCAGUGUCUUAGUCCUUGCUGUGGUGUUACCUGGCUGUUGCAGAGCCUCACUAUUACACCAUGGUUUUGUUUGUGUCUUUGGGUUUUUUAAAUAAACAUUGAAUCCUGUA